AUACUUUGAUCGCUGAGUUGUAUCAGAUCCGCAAAAGAGGCAAGGAUGACUCCAUGGUGCGCAGUGUGGUGUGGUCUUUGUAUUAUUAUAGUGGUACCUGCUUUAAUCAACGGUUUGGAGCUAUUUAACUACACCACUUUUCUAGCCACCAAUCCGGGAUCACUGCAGUCGAAGGACCGUGCUGGCGACCAUGUGGUCAUCAUGAGCAACAUCGAUAGUGACCCCGCGAUGAGGCUCUGCUCUGAGGUGACGCGCGAACUUCUGAGGAAAUUAAUAGCAGAGGGCCAGAGAGAUCCCAACUAUAUCGAAGGUCUUAGUGAAUCGUGUGGUUCUACGGCUAUACCUACGUCCAACCCAAACGAGAACACGAAGCCAUCUGGUACUGAAGCAAAAGUAGGAACUUCUUCGCCGGACUUCACAACACAAAAAAACUGUAGUACUUUCACGUUUCUAGCACAGGAACAAACCGUCGAAAAGACUACCGCUGCUGAUACACAAAUGCCAAGUGAUCAAAAUGGACCGUCUAACGCCCUACAAAAGAGGCAAGACAAGCCUUGGGCUGAACAGAGAAUGCCAAUAAUUCGCCGAAGUGCAGACCGUUAUUUACAUAUAAAUAAACCGUCAUAUAAAUAAAUAAAAAAAUCCUACUCUAUCCGUGUAUGCCUGUAGCAGGCUUGGGAAAUAUAACUGGA